UAUUUGGGGUUACAGCCCAACCAAUUCAAGAUGACAAAUGACCCAAAUUGAAGCCCAUUCACUCCGUUCAUUCGUCCCUCCAAAUCGUAGGGUUUCUCUUCAUCUCUGAAACUAAGCAUAGCUAGGGUUUACCGUUACUACCUUUCUCUUACAGGCCUGUGAAGAUGUACACUUCAAGGCAAAAGAUUCACAAAGAUAAGGAUGCUGAACCUACUGAAUUUGAGGAGUCUGUUGCGCAGGCGUUAUUCGAUAUGGAAAACACUAACCAAGAGCUGAAAAGCGAAUUGAAGGACCUGUACAUCAAUUCUGCACUACAAAUUGACGUGUCAGGAAAUAGGAAGGCUGUUGUUAUCCAUGUCCCCUACAGGCUGAGAAAAGCUUUCCGCAAGAUUCAUGUCCGCCUUGUUAGGGAGCUGGAGAAGAAAUUCAGUGGGAAGGAUGUAAUUGUCAUUGCAAUCCGAAGAAUAUCGAGGCCUCCAAAGAGAGGUUCUGCUGCUCAACGGCCCCGUAGCAGAACUCUUACUUCAGUUCAUGAUGCCAUAUUGGAGGACGUGGUUGUACCAGCUGAAAUUGUUGGAAAGCGUGUUAGGCAUCACGUUGAUGGAUCCAAGAUAAUGAAGGUAUUCUUGGACCCAAAGGAACGAAACAACACCGAGUACAAGCUGGAGACAUUUUCAGCUGUCUACAGGAAGCUAUCGGGUAAAGAUGUUGUGUUUGAGUUCCCCUUAACGGAGGCUUAGGGUACAAACUCCUGGUUUUGCUAUUACCCUUUUUUUGCAAUUUUGAUGUUUAUAUUAUUUUAUUUUAUUUUAUUUUAUUUAGAAGCGUUAUGGAACAAUGUGAAAUUGUUCCUGUUUUCUCUUAGAGCUCUUUUAGAUUUUUGGUUUGUUUGUUGAGUUUAGUUUUCAUUUGCUAGUCUGUUAGAAAAGCUGCUUAAAACUGAUCCUGCUAAAACUAUUGAGGUCUCCAAAUUUGAUAUAAUCAAUGUGUAUUUUUACUUGUUAUUAAGGGGUGU